AUGAGGCCCGAGAGAGAUUGGUCCGGGCUUUUGCCAGAGAUGCUGGAGCAGAUCGCAACACGCAUACGGGUGGUGGAAGAUUUCAUGGCGUUCAGAGGGGUUUGUACUUGCUGGCGAUCCGCUGUUACUAAAGGUCAGUUCCUCAAUUCCAGCCCUAAUACGACCCCGUUGCUUAUGCUCCCAGAAGAAAAGAAGAUCGUUAUGAGGUUAACCGUUCCCAAGGCGAAGGAUAAAUGGUGCAUGAGAGCAAGAUUCGGUUGGUUGUUAACCGUCGACUUCUAUGCGGCCACAGCGGAGGCUGAUUUGUUGAACCCUAUUUCUGGUGCCAAGAUGACUCUCCCAAGUAUUGAUACCUUCCCUGAUUAUGUAGGUUCAGAAUAUAUUCGUAAUGCCAACAAACCAUUCAUAACGAAAGCCGUUUUGUCGGCCGAUCCAUCCCGCACAUCGGAUUUUGUUCUAAUGGUGGUUCACACGUUUGGUGAUUUCUUUGGUUUUUGGAGGUCUAGGGACUCGUCCUGGAGCAAGAUAGAAUCUCCACCGGGUUGUGUAUAUCUAGUGGAAUCAUCAAGCGGGGAGUUGUUAGCCCUGAUCCCGUCGGAUUCCGUUACCCAUUUGCGUGUCGUUAGGUUGGAUGUGACGAGAGGCACGAGCGAGAUAAGUGCUACUCUGGGAGAAGAUGCUGUGUUUGUUGGCUGUGGUGCUGUUUUCUCCGUCUUGGCUUCCGCCUUUCCUUUCCGGGUGUAA